CUUCCUUUGGGCUCUGUCUCUCCGCCUGGGAAUAUCGCGUCACCUGGAGCAGCCACUCACACCUCCUGCGCCCUCACUCCUCCACAUCUAAACACGUUAGCAGCCGUCACUAACUUAUUGUUUCAAACCAGGCCAUCUCCUCCUCGGAUGUCUACACCCUCAAUAUCCCUGCUUCUCUUGUGCUUCAUACCUCUGUCAAGACCGCGAGACCACCACGUCGCUGCUUCGACUCUUUUGUGACCGUUUUCAUUCUUCUCCGACACUGCUUCUGCUGCAUCUGCACUAUCUGCUGCACGGUUGAAAGGUUGACCGCUGCCAGUGGGCAGUGCCAUCGGCAGCUACCAUGGCCGUUAGUGAAAAUGGGAAGCCUAUUGAAAAUGUCAAAGACAGGCCCAAUGGUCAUGCCAAUGGCUCUCUCGACCACACACAUACUGUGCCUGCAGUAACAAUUCCUAGUCGUACCAGAAAGAAGCCUCGUUCGAGUUGGUCAUCGUGGUUUUUAAACAACCUCGCCAGGUUGGCUGUCUGGUACGCCAUCCUGACUAUUGCUUUCCAAUGUCCCUCCUCGCCUCAAGAUCUCACGUCGACUUCACCACAAGUCUGCCGACCAUAUCUCGCCGCAAAGUCCUACCUCCAACCCCAUGUCCAACCUUACUACGAUGUCUAUGCCUCCCCAUAUGUUGAAAAGGCUCGGCCGUAUGCAGAUUUGGCAAACAGACGUCUGAUCCGCCCUGCCACAAAAAUUGGUCGUAUCAAUUACGACAAAUAUGCUGCCCCUCAACUUGAGUCGGCCAAACUUUAUGCUCUGGCCCAGUGGGACAAGUCUAUCGUCCCGCGACUUCACCUGGCACAGAAACAAGCAAAGGAGAUCUACCAGGCCAAAUUGGGACCUCAUGUCGACAAGGUUUCUGGCAUUAUUGCCCCAUACUACUCUACGGCACAGAAGACUACCCUCGAUGUGUAUCAGCAUCGCCUCCUCCCUGCCUUUGAGUACUCGCAACCUUGGAUUCAAAAAGGGUACAAUACUUCCAAAGCCUUCGUCCUUGAUACCGCCUACCCUUUCGGCCGUCAUGCAUGGUCCAACGCCGUCAUCUUCUUCGAUGGGACCCUUUGGCCAAUGCUCAAGGGUCUCUAUAUUGAUAACGUCAGGCCUCAGCUCGUUAUGAUCAGUGAACGGAUCGCCAAGUACCAGGAAAGUCGCAAACUCCAGGCUGCUGUCGAUGACAUUCCAUCUACGUCGGCUCCUGUAACUACAACAGCCUCCUCAGUCCCCACCGCCCCGGCGAGCUUGGAUGACGUCUAUGCCAUGUUUGACAAGGAAGAUGAUGAUUCCACUCUGACCACAACUUCGGAAGAGCCUGAACCAACCGUGCAGAAGCCGGUAAGACCACCUCCCGUAUAUGCCACCGAGGAACAAAUCUCGGAAGAUCUCCGGAAUUGGCAAAAGAAGUUCGCUGUUGCCGCCGACAAAGGCUCCGAUGAUUUGCGAGAAAAAGUCGAGGCCAUCGUCGCCAGCUUGGUCAAGAGCGAUAUCGAGGGACUCGGCCGGGGUUUGGCCAACGCCCUGGACAAAACAACUGUCAACGAAAUUGAAAACGUCAAGACUAAAAUCAAGUCUACCAUUGCUUCACUACCCGAUGAAGCCAAUGCUGAAGACAUCAAGUUGGCCGCAGAAGAAAUUCUAGGCGCCAUCCGUGCUUCUGGAGUCGAGAUCAAACAACGUGCCAGAAACGUGCGGGAUUGGGAACAGAAGUUUGAGAAGACGUUGAUCGAUCGUCUCCGCGCCGCCUCUAUCUCGACCCUCGAGGUCCUCGACGGCAUCAAAGAUGUCUCGCUUCAAGAGGUUGGCAUGCGCUGGGCGUGGAUGGAAGGCGUCACCUACAAACACUGGGAAAGAUUCCACGCAGUGAGAGUCAAGUUGGAUGAGUGGAGAAACGAGGUACAUAUUGUCGCAAUGCAGCACCCUGACGCCGAAGAGGCCAUCGCCACUGCACAACAGAUUCUUGAGGAGAGCAUGGCUGUCACCGAGGACGCUGCCAAAGAAUUGAUCAAGCUUAAGAGUGUUGCUCAGUGGAAGCUCAAGGAACGCGAUUCGACUGACGACUUUGACGCUCGCUCGGCCCCGGCAGAAGCCAUUACUGCCGCCUCAAGUUUGGCAGCAGAACUUCAAGGCGUCACCAGCGACGCUCUUGCCUCUGGCAGCUCUGCUUUGUCCGAAGCAAGUGAGUCUGUAUCCGAGAUCUUGUCAUCUGUCACAUCGUCUGCUCCUGCCAAUCCUCUUGAAGCUGCCGCUUCGGAAGCGAGCGAUUUCGCCCAACAGAUUCUCGAUUCCGCAUCUGCCGGUCUUGGCGUCGCAACUGAAGCCUCCGUUGAUGCUAUGCAAUCAGAUGCAAGCAACGUGGCGGAAGGUCUGUUGGCUUCAGCCUCCUCUUUCGUGUUGGGAACAAGUGAGGGUGAUGUCGAGUCUCUAACCUCGCAACUUGCUGCUGAUGCUACCGACGCAGCCGACGAAUUUGUCGAGUCCCUUCAAUCUGCGACCAAUAUUUUGGCGAGCUCCACCAACGCCCUUGCUGAAGAUGUUCCCUCUUCGGCAAGCAGCCUCAGUGCACAAGCCUCCGAAGUGAUCGAUGAUGUGGAGAGCUCCGCAUCCACUGUGGCAGAAUCUGCUUCUACAUCUGUCUCAAGCGUCUUUGCAGGCGCGAUGGCUCAAGAAGUCAAAGGAUCGAUACCAAUCCUGGAUGAUGUCUUUGAUGACAGUGAAGCAGCGACCUAUUCCGAAAAGUUACAAGAUAUUGUCAACGAAGCGGGGGACAGAUAUGCUGAUGUCACUCGCGCCGUGUCCGAGGCCAUCUAUGGCACAAAACAAGGAUCUGUGGAAAAAGUCACCUCUAUUGCGGGCGAACAGUACUCUAGUGCAUUAGCCGCAGCAUCGGGCAUUAUCUAUGGCGCCCCACAAGGUAGUGCCGAAAGCGCUGCAAGUGUAGCUGCUGAUGCUUACACAAGAGCCGUUGCCGCAGCAAGUUCUGUGGUUUAUGGUGCAGAACCCGCCAUCACAGAUUCGAUUUUAGCCCAAGCGAGCUCCAUCUUCAGUGAGGCGAUCAAACGUGCUGACGAGAAUUAUUCAGCUGCGAAAGCUGCAGCCGCAAGUCAGAUCUCUGGGCCACCCAGACCUAUCCAUGAACAAAUAUCUGCGUCAAUUGAAUCGGCUUACUCUGGCGCACGAGCUGCUGCAAGCAGUAGGCUCGAUGCGGCGGCGCUUGAGUACAGCUCCUUAAGCACAGCAGCAUCAAAGGCGUUGCCAACAACGAAUCCCCUCGACUCUGUUGCUGCAGUUGCUUCUUCAGCUCUGCAAGAAUCCCUCUCCAUGGCAUCUUUACAAUAUUCCAAGGCAAAAGAUGCUGUUGGCUAUACCACCGCUCCUGCGCACCAACGAUUUCUGCAAGAAGCCCGCAAGAAUUACUACGCUGCUGUGGGUCUGGCCCACGAACAAUAUACCGAGUUUGUCGCAGCUGCCUCGACUGCAGUUUACGGCGAGCCUCAGCCAGUCCUAAGCAGCAUUUCCAGUGCGGCGUCGGUCGGAAUCUAUGGAACACCACUUCCAGCAUAUCAGAGCUUGAUCAACGAAGCUGCAUCUCAGUAUUCUGCAGCCUCCUCUGUAGCAGCGUCAAAUCUUGCGUCCUUCAAAUCAUCGAUAGAUUCUGCCGCAGCACCAGCUCAAAGCAUUCUUGAAGAUGCGGAGAGGGUUUAUUCGGAUGCUGUGGAGGCCGCCUCUUCGUCAUUGUCUUUAGCAUCAUAUGCCGCGAGCACUGCGGUAUAUGGAGAACCAACUGGUGCAGUAGAAUCCCUUUCGAGCGUGGCAUCGGAGAAUUGGGAAUCACUUGUGGCCAAAGCUAGCUCACAGGUCUAUGGCGCACCCAAGCCAUUCUAUGAAAGUUUGGCAAGCCAGGCUGGUGAGGCUUCGGCCCAGGUGACGGAAUACGCCAAUGAUCAAUUCAUCAUCAUUCAGUCUUUUGUUUCGGAACUAAUAGUGGGCAAAGAACCAGAUUUCACCGAAUCAGCAUUGAGCCGACUGAGUUCAGCAUACUACACGGGCUAUGCACGUGUGGCUUCUUCGGCUUCUGUCUAUGCCAACGAGGCCUUUGACUCGGCCAGCUCAAUAGCAUCCUCGGUCUCAUCUGCUGCCUCCGCUUACUUCACCACACCACCAGAGGUGGAAUCAAUUUUGGAGUCGGUCAAUGAGCAACUUGGUGCGAUGGUUGAAGCUGCCAGCGCACAGUUGUACGGAACCUCCAAAGGUUAUUUCGAACAAGCGACCUCAGCUAUGGGAGAUACCUAUGAAACAGCAAGCUCUGCGGUUAGUGAAGGCAUCUACGGUACUCAAGUUGGAUAUGCCGAAGCAGCACAGAGUUCAUUUGCAGAUGUGGCUCAAUCCGCACAAGAUGCGAUUUCUUUGGCCAUCUAUGGCUCUUCGACUGGGGUGGUUGAGUCGAUGACUAGCGCUGCUGCUGACACAUUUGCAUCCGUGUCAUCUGUGGUGGGAGAGAAUGCAGCCGCAAUUACAUCGAUGGCUGGAGACCUUGGAGAUGAGGCGGCAAGUCUUGUAGACACAGCCAAGGCCAAAUUGAGCUCGGCGGUCUAUGGGCCGGAACAAGGCGCAGUGGAAAGCGCACAAUCGCGGAUCGCAGAAGCGGUGGAAAGUGCGAGAAGUGCCAUCGAGUCGAUUGCAAGCCAGGCAGGAGCCGGCGGUGCGGCGGUAGUGGAAGCGAUCAGCAGCAGUGUGGAUGAGGCAGCGAGUGCAAUCAGCAACUCGGUGAGCAGUGCCACCGAUUAUGUGAAGGAUGAAUUGUGAAGAGGGAAAAUGAAGAAAAGGAAAGAAAAUCGCUGAACUGGGUUAACGAGACUGAAAAGGUGAAUCCGGUUGGAUCAAGAAUUUGGCGAGAACGGACGAAGACGAAGAUGAAUUCUGCGCGUGGUAGUUACCAUGCUGCCGUUGUUUGACGUUGUCCAUACCUGAGGUACAUGAAGUCUAUUGCCACGAAGGGAAGCUGCUCGCCAUGGGAGAGAGAGAGAAUAGGUUUGGCGGGCUGAGUGGUAUGGCAUACUCAGUCGAGGCCUGGUUCGAGUUGAGUCGAGUGGAGUGGACUGUUGAUUCUGUACGUGUUCUGUCUGUGCAUGCGAAACAUGAUACCUAUUUCUUUUGUCCAAUAUGUUCUGGGCGGGAGUCUUUUUUAUGUACCUCGAUACUGUUAGUUAGUUAGAGGCAAUGAAAAUACUUGGCCUUG